UACAGAUUCAUCAUCGUUUCCAUCUUGUUUCUUAACGAGACAAGAAUUACUAUCAUUAUUGGAAAUAAUUUGGCAGAACAAUGAAUUUGCAGCAUUUACAGAUUUAAUUUCACCAGAUCAUUACAGUAAAUUAGACGCUUCCUUUUGUUUCACAUUUCUUUUGGAUGUCUGAUCUAAAAAACAUUUUUAUCAACACGAAAACAGGAAAAUAUUCAAAAUGUUGGUUAGCUGCUACGCUCAGUAUACAAAAAUUUCAACGAAAGUUUAAAUCGCAAACUAUUAAUGAAAUUAAUGUUUUUGAAACAUGUGAUGAAAUAAAAAAUACGAUUAUAACAAUAAAUAUUCGACAGUCUAGUAAAGCUAUUCUUUACUUAUCGUUCCAACUGAUAUAUGGUGCUACAAAAAUACAUUCAUGCCAAGUUUCUAAUUUAGAAAAAGAUUUAAUUGAACUGGAAAAAAUGCUUGACAAGAUUUCCGAUGAAAGAGAUAAUGAAAACGAUGAAUAUGACUCCUUGAACGUACUUACACCAUGUAGCAGUCAAUUACAUGAAAAUUUUAAAUUAUUACCUCAUGAACAUAAUAUUAAUAAUAAACUUCUUACUUUGAUGCGUGAAGCUGAGUGUUUAAAAUUUGGUGCUUUAACGGAACAAGAACUCGAUGUUCUAACUCGACCUUAUGAAGAAAUUUCAGCAGAAAUGUUCGAAAGAAUACACAUCACAGAUACAAAUGAUACAUCUCUUUACUACGCGAAUACUUUGCGAGAGUCGGAAGAAUUUUAUGUACCACAUGAAAAAGCUGAAAAAGAAAUAAUAUUACAAGUACGCGAUGAAUUUAGUAUGGAUGAAAACUAUGCAAUAUUAUCGAAAAUGGCAAUACCGGAAAUAACAGUUGAUGAAUUUAUACCAGAAGAAAGUACUCAUUUGACGCCUCGAAAGAGACAGCCUGCUGUACAAGAAAAAAUAGAAACGCCAACUAAAAAAAGACGUUUAAAAUUCGAAGAUAUAGUAGUUCCAAGAAAUGUUGAAAUUACAUUACCAGAGAUCGAGGAAGCUCCUGUUUUUGUAGAACCUAUUGUAGAAUCUUUACAAGACUUGACUUCUCAAAAAAUUAGAAGUAAAUCUAAAAAAGUAAGAAUAUUUACUGACAAAAAAACUCAGCUCAGCCGUAAAGUAAUACGAAAAUAUAUCAAUAAUAUCAAUGCUCAUACUGUUCCAUUGAAAAUUAUCGAUGUUAAUAAGUCAACAUCAGAAAUUCUUUUUCAAGGAGCACCAGCAAGGUUUCUUUCCACUCGCAGAAACAAAUGGAACAAUCCUUUGAAUAAACUUUUUGACAUGAUGCACACUUUUCUCUCGUCUAUUAGAAUGGAUACACAAAUAGAAUCAACUGAUACUAUACGUUUGGAAACAAAAAGUAACAAAACUAAUGAAUUGUCUGAAUUAUCUGGAUUAAUUCCGGAAAGUAAAAAAUCUAUGAAAGAAACUAGUGCUGAUGAAAUAAUGAUUUCACAGCAGGAAAUGGCAAUAUCAGAAAUUGCCCAUCAAACCCAUAUACAAAAUAUAGAACAAGAUUUUGAAAUGUUAAAUAUUGUGGAACAUGAGAAGAUUCCUGACAUUACAAUGUUUGAGGAAGGAAUCGAUCAGCCUCUGGAAACUUUGAAACAUAAAGACUCACGUUUGACAAAAACUGAAUUACUUGCAUUUUUAGAAGUUCUCUGGCAUGACUCGGAAAUGGUUAAAUUCACUGAUCUUAUUUCAUCUGAAUACUACAGUAAACUUGAUGCGACACGUAGUUUUGUUCUACUUUUAGAAUUACAUAAAGAAAAAAUGAUUACUUUGGAACAAGCCGCUCCUUAUGAUAUACUUUGGAUCAAAAAAUGUUAUAAUAAUGAUUCAGAUUAGGAAACAAUGUAUUAUAUUUAAAGGUAAGCUACAUUUUGUUCGAAUUUUCUAUUAUAUAUAUUACAGGUUUUUUAAAUAAUUAAAUAUAGACACAAGUAAAUAUACGAAUUAUUUCUACUUACGACGAAAGCAAAAGAUUAAGACUUUGUAUUUUUCGAAAUAUUUGUUAUUUCGAUACAAUUUGGUAAUAGUGGAAAAAAAUCAUUGUAAAUUGUAUUUAUAUUUUGUUUUGUCAUUGUUAUUAAUUCAAUUAUUAUUUAUAUGCAUUAUAAUACAUAAAUAGUAUAUUUAUAAUUACUGUUGUGUGCUUUAACAAAUACUCUUUAAAAGCAUGUGUUAAUUAAAUUGACUGUUGAUAUAGAUACACAGUUAAUAAGAAUACAAAAGUAUAUAUUAUUUUAUUUUUUAAAUAUCUAUGUAUCUAUUAGUAAUGCAGUAUUACAACAUUAAAAGCGCAUAUUUAGUUAUUCUUAUGUAUUGGAAAGUUUGAAUAGUACGCAUAGUCAUCUGAUAUAAAUCUAGCUAGGUUUUAUAUUGUGAAUGCUAUUAUAUGCAAAAAGGCACGCCAUAUUUAGGUUCUUUUCGUUGGUAUUUUUUAUAAUUUUACAAACAUAUCAAAUGGUUAAAUAUUCAAUGCAAAAAUUCUGUCGAACAAUUUUCUGGUUUAAGUGUAUUUUAAGUUCAAAUGAAAUUGACUCAAAAUUAUAUAUAUUUGCAAGAAGAAAAAUACUUUAUGUAAUAAAAAUAUGUUACAAAUAUAAAAACAUAUAUAACAUAGAAACGAUUAAAUUAUAAUAGAUAAUAAUAGCUGUUAGUUACACCGACGUUUUAACUUGUGUAUAUCGGAGAUGCGAUUAGUAUUAUUUUAUAUAUCUACAUGUAUCUGACAAUGUAACUAACAUUUGAUAUUAAUACCAUUAAAAUACAGAAUAUUAAGACCGA